GAGCGCGAUGAUAUAAACGCGGACAGUUUGUUAGUCAGGCAAAGAUGUUAGAAGGAAGUGCUUCCAAUGACGAAGUGAAGAAGAUGUUGCCUCCCAAACAAACAUUUUUGUCACUCUCCUGGGAUUACUUUAAGUUGUUUCUGACAUGCGCUUCCAUUUACGGCGUAGGAUAUUUUCGACUUAGUACUACCUGGGUCUUGGUCGGGUCGCUUGGAUACUUCGUUUUGCAACAUACUAGGAAUAAGCAGUCAAGGUUGAUAAGCUCACUCAAAGCCAUUGGAGAAGACGAAAAAGCAUUCAUUAUCCAAAAUUUUACCGUAAGAGACCUUCCGUCUUGGGUUUACUUUCCGGAUGUUGAAAGAGCGGAAUGGCUAAACAAAGUUAUUAAACGAAUGUGGCCAUCCAUUAGUGAGUACGCGAGAGAUAUUAUCAUUGCAUCUAUCGAGCCUGUCGUUGCACAAAAUCUACCAACUGCACUAACACCUUUUAAUUUUGCUACUAUUGACUUAGGUGACACGCCCCCUAGAAUCGGUGGAGUGAAAGUUUAUAUGAAUGAAAACAUCAGAAAGGAUGAAAUCGUUAUGGACCUAGACCUUAUGCUAUACAGUGAUGCUAGAAUCAAAGUAAACUUAGGAAAAGUCAAGGCGGGAGUGAAGGAGUUUGAGCUGCGUGGUACACUACGUGUUGUUAUGAAGCCUUUAGUUCCAAAAGUCCCGUUCGCUGGUGCGGUUACUGUGUGUUUUCUGGAUAGUCCAUACAUCAAUUUCUCUUUAACCGAUAUGGGAAAUAUCCUGGGACUCCCUGGUUUGCAACAAACAUUGAAUACAGUACUUCGUAAUGUUGUCAACCAGUUGGUCGUUCUCCCAAAUCGUUUACCGGUUCAACUGGUUCCUGAUAUUGACAUACAGCGUUUGAAAUAUCCAUUACCUCAAGGCGUUCUUCAUAUCAAUAUCAUAUCUGGUCGAAAUCUUAAAGCUGGUGAUAAAAAUAUGAUUGGACACCGUACAUCUGAUCCAUAUUGUGUUAUACGAGUUGGCGCUAGAACGUUCACUACUUCUGUUGUUAAAGAAACACUAGAACCAGUUUGGAACCAACAUUUUGAGUCUAUCGUCGAUAUUUGUCAUGGUCAGUCAGUAACAUUUGAAGUAUACGAUAAAGAUCAAGGGAACAAAGAUGAUUAUUUAGGUUGUACUUCGAUACCAGUUGAGUCGGUAGUCAGUGAAGGUGAAAUAGACACGUGGUCCUCAUUAGAAGGGGUAAAAACUGGUUCAUUACAUAUUCAAUUAACGUGGUUUCGACUGUCGAAUCAUGAAGUGGAUUUUGUACAGGCCUUACAGUAUCGUAAAGCAUCCGGACGAAGUAUGAGUUCGGGAUUCUUAUACGUUGUUAUUGAACAAGCGAAUAAUUUGCCAGCCGUAAAACAACUACAAGAACCUUCACCAUUUUGUAAUAUCCAUCUAGGACGUGAUUAUCAAACAAACGAAGUUAAAGAAAAAACACAAAAUCCUGUUUGGAAUUCUGUACAUCAUUUUCUUGUCAGUGAUCCAAACGUUGAUAUACUUCAGCUUAUUAUACGUGACAGUCGAACGGAGACAAAACUAGGAUCUUGUAACAUCUCACUACAAACCUUAUUAACACAGAAGAAUAUGUCUGUCACACAACCAUUCACCUUACAAGAUACAGGUCGAGAAACAUCAACCAUUUACAUGCAUUUACAACUGUUGGCUUUACUUCCUGGACAACGCCAAAAUCCAAGCGGGCAUGAUAAUACCAAUAUAAAACGCAGUUUAUCCCUGAAUACGAAUUCUACUGAUAAUACUAUCCCAACUGAAAAACCUGCUGAAUCCCCCACAGGAAAUCCAGAAAUGGUUGUGAGAAAUCGUUUUCCUGAUGAUAAUGAUAUUAUUUCUUCUACAGAAUCUUUAUCAACAACAAACUUCGAUAAUCAGUCUGUUCAGCCAAUUAGACAAGUGAUGACUAGCAAUAGUAUACAACAAAUAAGCAAUUCGUCACUGGGUCGUAUUCGCUUAACUAUCCAGUUUCAUUCUCUAUCGAACUAUUUAGAAGUAACAGUACAUGAAUGUCAACAUUUAAGCGGUGUUGAUAAAGACGGUCUAUCUGAUCCAUAUGUAAAACUUUAUCUUACGGAUUUACACGAAAAUGUGGUCAGUGAUUCAAAAAAGACUAGAACUGUUAAAGAUAAUUUGGAUCCAAAGUACGAAGAAAAUUUUCAGUUUCCAAUUGAAGCUGACCACCUUCCAUUGACCAUUCUAAGGCUGGAUAUCAAAAAUCAUGUUGGGCGUUUUACACGUAGUGGAAAAACGCAUUUCAUCGGAACUUUGUCGAUAAAUCUUAUUGAUUCAGUAGACGGGAAAGCUGAAACUAAGUGUGUCGUUAUAUCAUAUCGAAACUACUUUUUUUCACUGUGAUUGUAUUGCUUCUUAUCACUAAUCUUUUCUAUAAAUAAACAUCUUUCUGAUUGACUGGUGAAUCACCAAGGUUGAUUUUACUAAAUAACAUCCAAUAUAAAUUUCCUAUUCCUACUGAUUAGUUAAUGUAGCGUCAGUUUUUAGCUUCUUUAUGCCUAAAGUAAAAUGGAAUGUUGAGCUUUUGUUUCUUUCUAUUUAAGGUACGACUUGGGGUCACCCAUUUUUCGACCAUAACUUCGUGUUUUCUUGUUCAAUAUACAUGCAGCUAUUGUCUCUAUGUUAUUUGGUCUUUAUUCAUCUUGCACACUCAAUGUCUGCAGUAUUCUUUAAUAAUAAUUAGUUACUUCCAUAAACUUUUGUCUCUAUUUCCAUCCAAUGAGUGUGAUUUUUUUUAAUUUUGGCUUUUCUGUGUAUUUACCUUCACUAAGAAGCAUGCAUAUUUAUAUUUGCCAUAAUAUCAUAUUUUUAUAAAGAAUAAUUGUUAAUGGAUUUUAUUUACAUCUCUGAAAGUGUAUGAAAUUUUAUUCUAUGACCUCCUACUGAACGUUCACUUAUGCUUAUUUAUUUCAUGUUGCCAUUUGUGUCAUACUGUAAUCUUCCUUUAGAUUCUUUGCUUUUUGAGUUGCAUUAUUUUUUUCACAUCCAUAGUGAUAUAACCGCCAUUACUGCUACAUCGAAAAUUUACUUAUCUAGAAAGUUGUGGCCUAUUUAUCUAAUAUAUUCCUUGUGU